GUCGUUUGCACCUCUGUCUACAAGCAGGUUACUAUCUCGUUACAAAAAAUGAAAAUGGACAUGACUACUUCGACGGGCAGUUCUAUGCCCAUGUCAACUUCCAGCGCCGGCGCUAUGGAUAUGGAGCAAAUGAACAUGGUCUUCUUCACUUCUACCAAGACACUCCUCUGGACAAAGUCCUUCGCACCCGAAACAACGGGACAAUAUGCAGGUGUUUGCAUUUUCCUCAUUGCCUUCGCCACUAUCUUGCGCAUGCUGCUUGCUAUACGCGUCAACUUUUACGGCAUCAGAGAUGGCGUCAGGCGGAGGCGCACCAAAGGCCUGCUGGCAGAGCACCGAACUAGUGAGAUUGGCCCUCGGCCGUGGAGAGCGAAUGAGGCUAUGAUGCUGGGAGCGAUAGAUGUCGGUAUUGCGGGCGUGAGCUAUUUGCUGAUGCUCGCAGUUAUGACCAUGAAUGUUGGCUAUUUCCUUUCGAUAUUGGCUGGGGUAUUUGUUGGUAGUGUCAUCUGUAGCCGCUUUUCGGUAAACUCCGACCUGCAUUAGACUCGACCUUUAUAAACUAGGAAUUACAAGAGCACUAGAAUUUUAAUAAGAUCUUCUUAAACCAAUAUAUAGAUGCUACAGGAGUUAACUCCUACCUUCUUAAUGCCACACUC